AUGCUUCCAGUCGGCAGGCUCUUGGCGAGCUCACCGUGCUGGCCAUUUCACAAGCACUUUCGUCGCACCAUCUUCAUCGUCGUCGUCGCACUCUUCUUCGUCGCCAUACUUCAGAUCCGCUACCACGACAUCCCGCUGCGCACGAAACCGCCCGAGCCGAAGCCCUACCAUGUCAACAUAAUCGAGGACAAUAAUGCGACGCGGACCAUGGUCACGUCUAGCGCCUUUCACCCUAUGGCGUUUCCGCCGGGCCACAACAAGACGCUCGAGGAGCUGUGCGCCAGUUUCCCCCGCCACCUGCUGGCGCGCAUCCAGCCGGUCCUCAAGACGGGCUUCACAGACGAACCCGGUCGCAUGCUGUCGCAGAUGGAGAGCUGCAGCGCCUGCUUCGAGCCCGGCGACCUGCUCAUCUUUUCCGACCUUGACGAUACAUACCAAGGCCACGAGAUUAUCGACAUACUCGCGACGCUGUCCAAGUCAUACCACGACUACGAGCAGUUCAAGCCGUACUUUGAGCAAAAGCGCCUGCGCGACAGCGGAGACGCUGCCAGCAACUUGGAAGCGCUGAAGGCCAUUGACGGCUGGAAGCUGGACAAGUUCAAGUUUCUGCCCCAGGUGGAAAAGGCGUGGGAGAUGAAGCCCAACCGAGACUUCUAUGUGUUUUACGAGACAGACACUUACAUCUUUUGGGAUCCUUUAUUACGCUUUCUCGACACUCUCGACCCCGAUACACCGCUAUAUCUGGGCUCUGCUUCCCCAGGCCGAGGGGACGAAUUCGGACGAGGCACACGAUUUGCCAACGGCGGUCCGGGCUACGUGCUCAGCCGCGCGGCUAUCAAACAGCUGCUAUAUAGGAGAACCAGCCCGACAGGCUUCUACCUUGACCCUCCAUUCGCUGAGAAACAUCGAGGCCUCAUGCAUGACGCGGAGUGCUGCGGCGACAGCGCCCUGGGAUAUGCAAUUUGGCAGAGUGGGAUCCAGAUGCAGGCGCUGUAUCCCAUGUUUGCUCAGCACCCGAUGCAGCAUUUGCCAUUCGAUGCCAUGCGCUGGUGCACACCACUCUUUACGCUGCACAAGGCAAGCUUUGAUGAUAUGCGAGCCAUGUUUCAGUGGGAGUUUACAACCCGAUCAAACGAUUAUGCCAUGCGGCACCGCGACCUGUGGGAUUUUAACAAGCCCGGUAGUGAAUCGCGGCGCGACAACUGGCGCAACGACGAUCGGUUCGGCCGUAAGGUGGAAGAGGACGUCGAGAUUGCCACCCAAGAAGACUGCGAAGCGCAUUGCAGGUCGCUUACCGAGUGUUUUAUGUGGACGUGGCGCGGAGACGACCUGAAAGAGUGUCUCGUGAGCGAGAGCGCCAUACUCCAAGGACAGGAGGCCAUGCCGGAGGAAGUGGACGGCAUGCAGGUCAAGUACACGUCCGGCUGGAUCGUGGACAAGGUGGAGGCAUGGAAAGCCGACCACGAGUGCAACGACACGCUCUGGAUGUCGCACAGCUUCGAACGGAUGUUUCAACCGCCUCGGAGCAAGUCGACGAAUGACACAACGCCGGAACCAGACCACAUAUAA